UAGUCGGAAUCUCUAGCCCAGGCCUCCGGUUGACUCUAUGGUUGCAGCCCGCCCACCUCGAGCGUCCCGGCCGGGCCUGCUGUGUUUACGAUGCCGGCGGCGCCGGUUUCCUGAGGCGGAGACAGCGGCAAGAGCGGCGGCUCUUCCCUCGGGGUUCUCGCGGUGCGAGGAGGGCGGCGCGGCCUCUGGGCCUCUGAGUUUUCUUGUAGUUGAUUAUGGAAGAGGUACACAAGAGUACCAGUAACAGUUCAGCGACACCACCACAAACAACGUCCAUACAAGGUACACCACUGCAGGCAGCUCAUCUCUCUCACAUUGCUCAACAGAUGUCUCUAAGAGGUCCUACUCCGUUGACAGUUGUACAGCUUCCUGGAGAGCAAGUACAGGUCCAGGGAGUCAUUCAAACAGCUCAGUCCUCUGUAAUCCACUCACCCCAGGUGCAAACAGUGCAGGUAUCUUCUUUGUCAGAGAGUGAGGAUUCUCAGGAUUCAUCGGAUAGCAUAGGCUCUUCACAGAAGACCCGAGGUAUCUUAGCACGGCGACCGUCUUACCGAAAAAUCUUGAAAGAUCUUUCGUCCGAAGACGCACGAGAUAGAAAAGGAGAUGAUGAAAGUCCUGGUGUCUCUACUGUCACCUCUAUGUCUGUUCCCACACCUAUCUACCAGACCAGCACUGGACAGUACAUUACUAUUGCCCCAAAUGGAGCACUGCAGCUGGCCAGUUCAGGUACAGAUGGUGUGCAGGGUCUGCAGACAUUAACAAUGACAAAUGCUAGUGGCACUCAGCCUGGGACAACAAUACUGCAGUAUGCGCAAACAUCUGAUGGUCAGCAGAUACUUGUGCCCAGCAACCAGGUGGUAGUGCAGACUGCAUCAGGAGAUAUGCAGACAUAUCAGAUCCGCACCACACCAACAACCACUUCCCUCCCACAGACAGUAGUGAUGACCUCUCCUGUCACCCUUACGUCUCAGACAACCAAGACAGAUGAUCCACAGUUGAAACGAGAAAUAAGGCUCAUGAAGAACAGGGAGGCUGCUCGAGAAUGCCGUAGAAAGAAGAAAGAAUAUGUUAAAUGUCUGGAAAAUCGAGUUGCGGUCCUGGAAAAUCAAAACAAAACUCUAAUUGAAGAGCUAAAAACUUUGAAAGAUCUUUACUGCCAUAAAAAUGUGUAAGAAAAGGAGGCACAACUUUUUGUGGACUGUCUAAAUUUCUGUGGGGAAUUUUUUUAUACCGAAUUUUUUAAAAUUAAAUGAAAGGUCAAAAAUGCAACUUUUCUACCUAGAUUUCACAACUUAAAGACUAUAAAGAUUUUAUUUACAACAUGUUAGUGACAAACUACAAAAAGGAAACAAGAAAACCUCAACAAAACUGCUGGCAGAACUGGAAACAUCAUUAAAAUCAAGGCUACAUCGGCAAUAAAAGGACAUGCACAUUUUAUAAGACAAGUGAUUUGAAUUUCCUGAACUACAAAUUAAUUUGGUAACAGCAGUAAUAUUUGAUUACAGUUAAAAUGUGGAUGAGAUGGAAUCCUUGCCAUUAGUUGAAAAUUAUUAGCAACAUAUAUAACCAGUAUAGGUUUUAAUUUCUUUUGUUUUAUGAUCCUUAUCUUUUCUUUCGGUUAUUUGUAUGUAAAUAUUUUUAUUUCAACCUGUAAAUUCCAACUUACAGGUGUAGAAGAUAAAGAGAAGCCAAUACUUUGCUAAAAGUAUAAAUUAUGUUUACUUUUCUCAGCUGGCAAUCUGUUUAAAGGUGGGGUUUGUUUUGUUUUGGUUUGGUUUUUUUUGUAAAAUGUUUGCUGUGUUUAUCAAAGUUGGAGAGGUUUUGCAGAAGGCAAUGGGAAAAUUAUUUUUCAGGCCUACCCCUGAAAGAUGUCAAAGGCACAUGAAUAAGAUGUUGACUUCUUAAGAGUAUUCAACACAUUCAAUUACUUUAAACCAACAGUUUGGUAGAAUGGGUAUAGCUGAACAAAAGUUGUCAGAGAAUGCUUCUUAAAUAGUUUUGUUCGUGGUUACUGGGUGUGAUAAACUAUAAUUGAAAAAUAAAUUGUGUGCUGAUUAUAUAUACAACUGAACAUGCAUUGCUUAUUCUGUUUGGAGAUCAUACUAUGCUUAAUUAAAAAGUUUACAGACCAAAAAAAAGACACAGUAAAAUGAAAAGCUAAAGAUACAUACCAAAGGGUUUAAUACAGUUCUAAUAUAGGGUUUAUAAAUUAAAAAAAUAAAAGUGCACAAUUACCAGACUAAUUUUGUAAGGUAGGCAAUAUUUUGUGAAGUAAUGGCAUCUUUGUAAGAAAAUACUCUAUUGAAAAUAGUUAAUGGCUGGUAUAUUUUUAUAAGUAAACUAUUACCUUUACAAAUUCUAAAAUGGAGUUUAUAUGCAUAUUUUAACAGUUUAUACAGUUCCUUUUAGUAAACAAAUAGAUAUUUUGUGUCUCAGAUUAUUGAUUAUAUAUUUUUAUGGGUUAGCACAAAGUAAAAUUAGAUUCUCUUUGGAGUAGAAAAUAUUUUGAAUUACUUUUGUCUCUGUAAGCAACUGAUCUUAAAAAUAAAUCCUAAGGAAUAUUGUUGAGGAAAAAGAAACAGAUUAGCAUUUUUUUUCCAUAUUCAGUAAAAACUGCACAUAUGCUUGAAUUUACUGCAAAAAUACUAUCGGGGAUUCUAGUAUGUAUCAUUUUGACUUGUUUCUUUCAAGUAAAAGUUAAAGGAUGUUUGAUAUGAUCAGGACUCGAAUAUAAAUAAAAUAUUAUGUGACCAUGAUUAUUGCAUGAACAGUGAAUAUGCUAUUUUCUGUAGUUAGUAUUGGAUCCUGCUUCCAUUAUUUCAGUGGGAAUUAUGCCAUGAUCUAUGUUACUAAAAUGUGGUAAGGACAUCAGUGAGUUGUGCUAGCUCAGUCCUGAAUGAAAUUUAAAAAUGUAUUUGCUCUCCUUGUAUGUUGUUUAUAUAAGGUCUAUCAACAUUUAUUUUAUUAGUCUACUAUAUAUAUUGCGCUUCCUACCAAGCAGUCAGACUCUGAAUUCCACAACUGAGUUGUUAGUGGGUUAGAUAAAUAUUUUGUAUUUGUAAAGUUUAAUAUAACACAUGUGGCUAUUAUGGGAUAUUGUUUGCUAUAUAGUUGCUUUAAAUAGAACUGAAAUAUACAUUAGAAUUCCUACUCAUGUCAAAAAUCUUUAUGAAAUGUUUAAAAUGCAUUUGUUGCCCAGCACUAGAGAAACUUGCAUGCUUGGCGCUCAACCCUGCUUGGGUAAAGAUGACAUCCUAGGAGGUUCUGAGUGCCUCAAAACUUCCAUUAAGGACAAUGGGAGUUCAGGAUAAUGAGCACCUCAAUAGGACUGGGCUCUUUGAUCAAAUUCUGCCACUGAAUAUGUAUGCACUACUCUCAGUAACUUCAAAGGGAGACAGACUCGGGGUCUGCAGGCAGACUCGGACCGUCAAUAUUGAAGCUUUAAUCAUGGCUUUCCUGUAAAUUAAACUAACUUGAAACUCUUAUUUGUGGUAUUUUGCUCCCAACUCUGUGCCAUUGCUGUUCUUUUUAAAAUUUCUUCUUUUGUGAUAAAGGAUUUUUUUUAAAUGAAACAACUGGCAAGUAUCAUUACAGUACAAAAAAUAGUAGCUGAUUCCUGCUCUGUUUUGCAGCUGAAUGACUUUUAUUAUUGCCAGAGAGAAAAACAUCAGUCAGUUUUAUUCUAUUGAUGUAGUAGGGUUUGGGAAGAAGCAGUAUAGGUAUAUUCUUUAUCGUGGAAAUAUGAAGUGGUCAUAUUGGUUUGUUCCUUGAGUGAUUACUUUUCAGGAGGAACUUAUUUUGGAAAGGGUUUAACACUGAAUACUAUUGGUCUGGUUACCUCCAUAGCUACAUACAUCAUAUGCAUUGUAAAGACUUGUUGAAACAAAUAGGUGCUUGCAACUCUUGACCGCAGUAAUAAAGACCCCAAAAUACAA